CGUUUGCACUUUGCAAGAAUAAAUUUUAGUGUAAUUGUAAAGUAAAGUGGGUAUAUGACGGAUGCAAAUUAAAAAAUUAGCGAGUUAAUUUCGCUUGAAUUGUUAUUUUUUUUUUUAAUUUUAAAUUACGAAAAAAUUUUUUUUCCUUAUAAAAUUUUAUAGUGAAUAAUAAUAUUUGAUUAAGUGUAUAAAUUUUAAUUAUUGAAUAUAAUAUUAUUAUAAAAGAAAAAAUAGAAAUUAUUCAAAAAAGGAAAAUUAGCACUUUGGCUAGGUGAAAGUUUAAAAAAGAAAAACGUACUUAUUUAAAUGCAUAUAACAUAUAUAGAGGUAUGCUGAUUCAUUUUUAUUGGGUACUAAAAGUUUUACAGCAGCUUUUCAAUUAAAAAAAAAAAAUACGAUUUAUUCUGCAUUGUAUACGCAUACAGAAAUAUAUACCCACAACAUUAAGAAUAAAAUAUUUAUAUUAAAUUGUGCAAAAAUUAAACAAAUGUAUUUUGGGUCUUUUAACACAAUUUGAUUAAAAUCGAAUUUAAAAAAAUUUUUUUUUUGAAUACAUAGUACGUAUAACUUUAUAUGUACAUACACAUAUAAAGCAAAAUUAUUUCUAGAAAUUAUUUCUGUGUAUAAAAAACUUUAAAUAAUUAGAAAAUAAUAAUAUUAUUAAAAGAAAAAUGGCUGUCCGAAAAAAGCAAGACGAUUCAAAUUUAAAAAUUUUAAGAGAAUUAGUAACAAGUGGUGGUAAUCGCCAAUGUUUUGAUUGUGGUCAAAAAGGUCCAACAUAUGCCAACAUUACAAUUGGAUCAUUUGUAUGCACUCGAUGUUCCGGAGUACUACGUGGUCUUACGCCUCCACAUCGAGUAAAAUCAAUAUCGAUGGCAACAUUUACACAAGAAGAAAUAGAUUUUUUAAAAUCCCAUGGAAAUGAUGAUUGUGCAAAAACAUGGUUAGGAUUAUGGGAUCCGAAACGUACUGUACAUCAGGAUCAAAGAGAAUUAAUGAUAGAUAAAUAUGAACGUAAACGUUAUUUCUUAGAACCAGCUAGUCCACUUAAAUCUUUAACAAAUGCUGCAACAUCAAAAUUAUCUUCAUCAUCUUCAUUAUCAUCAUCAUCAGUAUCAUCAUUAUCAACUGCUAGUAAUAUAAAUCAUAAUAAUAAUAAUAAUAAUAUUAAUAAUAUCAAUAACAGUAAUAAUAGUAAUAUGAGUAAUGGUUAUACUUAUCUAAGUGAUAAUAAUACAAACAACAACAGUAAUAAUAAUAAUAAUUAUAAUUAUCAUAAAAGUAGUAAUUUUAAUGGUAACAAUUCAAGUAGUUUGAAUAAUGGUCAUCAUCAGAUUAGUAAUGGAAUUCUAGCUCCACCAUCACCACGACAUCAUAAUGUUACAUCAUCUUCAUCAUCAUUAUCUUCGGCAGGUGGACAAAAUGGAUUUAAUGGAGCAAAUGUAUAUCAUAGACCACAUAGUAGCAGUUAUUAUCAGCAACAACAACAGCAGCAACAACAACAGCAGCAACAACAACAGUCAAACCAACAACAGUACCAACAACAACAAAAACAGCCAAUACAACAAAAUGGUUAUACUAAUGGAUUUAAAACUAAUGGAUUUACACCUGACUCAGAUUUCGUUGCUGAUUUUGGUUCAGCAAGUAUAGUUACUGCAAAUCCAAACAAUGGAACAAGAAUUAAAGCUCAACAAAAUGAUAUUUCGGGGAAUAAUAAUGGUAAUAAUAAUAUAAAUGGUACAUUUGGAACAGUUUCUAAUGGAAAUGUAAAUGAAAAUUUUGCUGAUUUUGAACAUGCUCCAAUAUAUAAUGCUGCUGCAGCCUACAAUUACAAUUUUAAUAUGCCAACUUUUGAUAAUUUUGCAUCAACGUCGUCAUCGAAUAAUAAAAAGAAUUCUUUAACUAAUUGUGAUUUAUUAUCAAUUUCUACAAAUCUAUUUCAAACUUCAAAUAAUUUAUAUGAGAAUUCUAAUAAAAAUAACAAUAAUAAUAAUAAAACGAAUAACACAUUUUUCACCGUCCAACCAACAUCAUUUUGUGAUGAGUAUAUAUCCAACAAUAUAAAUUAUAAUGGUAAUAGUUUUGGAAAUAAUAACAAUUAUUUCAACUCAAACAAUAAUAAUAAUGUUAAUAAUAUCAAUGUAAAUAAUAAUUAUAAUAAUAAUAUAAAUGAUAACAUUUUCGAUAUUUUUAUUAAUAAUAGUAAUAAUAAUAUUGAUAAUAACAAUAGUAUUAAUAAUAUGAGUAAUAAUAUUAAUAAUAAUAAUAAUAAUAAUAAUAAUAAUAAUAAUAAUAAUAAUAAUAAUAAUAAUAAUAAUAAUAAUAAUAUGAAAAACAAUAAUAAUAAAAAUGAUACUAUUUGCAAAAAUAUUAUACAACAUCACAGCGGUUGUAAAUCAUCAUUUGAAUAUAACAAUUCAAUAAAAGAUAAUUACAAUUUUAAUUCAAGUAACGAUCAAUCAAAUUUAGAAGAUUUGAAUAAUUCGCAAUGGAAUGUCUGGCAGGAGUUUGAUAUAACGAAAAAUAAUAACGUGAAUGAAAAUAAUAAUAAUUACGAAAAUUUUUUCAAUCAGAAUUCUUGUAGUAUGCCACUAAAUAUGAACAACAAUAAUAAUUUUGCUUUCAAAUCGUCAACAAAUGUAACAUCAAGAUCUAAUUCAAUAGUUAAUUCAACACCACCGGCUGAUCGUUAUGCUGCCCUUAAAGAUUUAGACGAACAACUAAGAGAAACAAAAAGUUCAUCUACAUUACCGAUUACAUCAGUAUUCACGUCAGAAGUUUUACAGAAUUCUACAACAGUAAAUAAUGCGAAUCCUUUUAAAACUGUUCAACCGGUAUCAGGUAAUCCAUUCCAAACAAAUGGGAAUCUUUCAUAUAGUGUUAAUGGAACAAAUGGUUCACUAUACGAUAAUACGACUUCCCAACAACUUCAAGUUCAACAGCAAACACAGAAUAUUUCAAAUGGUUUUGUUGCAAAUACAAAUUAUGGGUUAUUUAACGGUUACAACAAUAAUAACAAUAAUAAUAUAGGAAAUGUUUUUAAUGCAUAUAAUAACAACGUAAGUUCGAAUUUAAUCCAGCAACAACCUGUAAUAACUGGAAAUUAUGCAUCAAUGAAAAAUCCAUUUAUGACUACAACUAUAAACUCAAAUAAUCCGUUUUUAUGAAAAGGAUAAGCCGGUUGAUAUUAUAACCGGUUAUAACUUUUUACUUCAGAAGGAAAAAUAUGUUUGCAGAAAUGUUAUUAAUAUUUUGAAAGGAAAAGAGAAAAUAUUGUCCUUUUUAUUUAUUAAAAACAAGAAAAAAAAUAUAAAUAAAUAUAUUUUAAAAAUUUAUUCACUUAUUAUGUAGAAAUUAACCUUCAAAUUGCUCCUAAAAUAUAGAAAUAAUUACACAUUAUAUAAUUAUAAUUUAUUUUUUUUAUUUCUUUCUUAUCUACAAAUAUAAUAUUAUUAUAAAAUUACUAAAAUUGUCGCUAAGUAGAUAUAUAAUUGUGAACAAACAUUUGAACAAUUUGAAAUUGGAUGGUAUUAAAACGGAAUUAAAAAUGUAUUUGCUUAAAAUUUUAUUCAAAUAUUAAUUAUCAGUUUUAUAUAAUAAAUAUAUAAAAAAAAUUUAUUGAUUUUGUUAACUUACAUAUAUCGAAAAAAAAAAUUUUAUUAACACAUUUAGAAAAAUACAUAAUAUACAUAUCUAUGUAUUUUUAAAUAAUUCAGUAAUAUUUUAUAUUUACAAAUUUUAAAUGAAAUUGUACACUUCAAUUUUAUAAAAUUGAUCAAAAUUGUGUUAUAUGUUAUAUAUGUUAUUUAAAAUAUAAUUUUGUAUUGUACUACAACAUAUUUAUA